AGCAGUCUUAUUACCGCCCGCACUCAACUACGCGCCGGCUAUACUAAGUACUCGCGGAGCCAUCAGCAUCCGCGCGGCGGCGGUUUUUUAAUAGCUCUGUGUGUACUCCGUACUCUUCCUUCCUCUGUUGUUGCUGUACGCGUGUGUGUAUGUGUGUGCGCGCGCACGGAUAUCCGUAAUUCAUGGACUCUUGGCGCACGUGAUUUUUGCGGUGCCGCGCGCGGAUUUUCGAUGCUGGAGACCUGUAUAACUCUGUAACUAGAUAAUGAAUUUGACGGACCGAUGCAGUGUUGUCUGUGCUGCUAUAUCGAGAGGUCAGUGAAGCUGUGAGGAAGGAACGCUAAUCAUCGCUAAAGCGGGGAUAAUGUUCAUCAGAUUCUGCAAGCAAGCUUCUAAUGGAGACCUGAAAAGGCGGUACUCUUGGAACAACUUCAGCGAGCCCGAAACGAGGAGAACGGAAGCUGAGGCUACUUCUGGUACCGAAGAAAGGACUACGUCGGAUGACGACGAAGUUACUUUCAAGGAAAAUGGGUGUACGGUGCAGGCGGUGGACCUGGUGGCGGACUGCCCGGAGCCGGUAGUGUCUUCGUCGUCGCGGCCGGCGUCGCCCGCGAGGUCAAUCUCGCCGCGACCCGACAGCCCGACGAUCAUCAUGGGACAACGGCCCAGCAGCGUCAGCCUCCUUAGACCGAAGAUUUCGCUCACUUGGGUCCUACGCAAUCAGCAGCAACACAAUGGCCUGCAAACGACCAACAACAUUAGCAACAAUAAUAAUAACAACAACAAUAAUCUCGCGACAACCGGACACGUUCUCAAUAACCAGCAAGCUGCCGUUGUCGAGCUGCAUAGAGAUAAGGAUACCAAUCAAGCGAAGGAACGCGAGGAAAAAGAGCGAGUUUUUCGUAGGAGCGUCAAGAGUGUAAAGAGCGUUAAAAGCGUCAAGAGUACCGAUGCCUCCAGGAUCAAAGAAAGAGACAAGGAGAAUAUCGAUCGGCUGGAAAAGCACGAGAGAAAGAGCAUAGCUUUGCAGAGAAUAGAAAAAAAUGACAAAACCGAAAAAAUAAUAGACCAAGAGAAGGUAGCCGUGGAAAACGGACUGGACAAGCGGUUGGAAAAAGAAUACCAAGUGAUAAAGGAGAGUAAGGAUGUGAAAGAGAAGGUGAAACGAGCUAUUUCAGAGCCGAAUUUGAUGACCCGCGAAGCUAACUGUACACCCUGCAACGGACGCGAAAAGCACAGGCACAGACGGACCAAACGCAGUCACAGGCCCAAAACCUCUAGUCGAUUCGGCUACGAUAUUGCCGAUCUCGACUCAUUUCUUACCAAGGCAUCGAUCGAACGACCAGCCAACAUUCCUGUGGUACUGUCAUUCCCGUCAGUGCUGUACCAGACGCAGGGCGGCACGCAAGCCGAGCUUGCGCUGCCGUUGGGAACUGUGGUCAACGCAGUUUUUAAAAACCAAGCCUGGCUUUAUGUCCAGACACCCCACGGUCAAGAGGGCUACGUCGGCUACGCGGCCUGUCUGCCGCUCGGCAUUUUGCCCCAGUCGACACGCGGACCAUGCUGGGAGGAUUCGACGGACGUCUUUCCCAGGCCACUAGGUAACCUGACGGACACAGAGAAACUUCGAGACACACGCUCGGAGUGCGGCGGCAGGUCGUCGUCGCGCUCUCGACGCGCAAUGUCUGCGGUACCGACGAGCGCGAGUAGCUGUCGUGGUGAACGCAGCGUCGAUCGUCUCUAUCUGCGGGCGGCGGCAAACUCGAGAACAAGAGGUGCGCGACACACGCUGCUGCUGGUGCGAGAAGACUACGAAGGCAGAGGUGCCGCUGACGCUCUCAGUGUCACCAAAGGCGAGGUUGUCGUGCUGCUCGGUGACUACGCCGAUUCCGAUUGGUUCUGGGUUCGGGCGCGCGACGGCCGAGAAGGAUUCAUACCCGCCGUUGUCGCUGGACACGGCUUUCUAUGAAUCGCGAGCUUUGUGCUUCUAAUCAGCGUCUUGAUGAUCUGUAAAUAGAUGAUAACUAUAUAAGUAGAUGGAUUUUAAUUUGUCGCAGGUUUCACGACGUUUGAUACAAGUCGAAGCAUUCAAUUUGUUAUUGUACAAGACAUUGCAUAGUAAAUAAUGAUUCCAUAUUACUUAUUCAUCAUGUUUUCGUAAUUCUAACUUUAUCAGUAUAAUUAUGCAUGAUAUAUGAGCGUGUGUGUAAAUACUUCAAAGAAAGGGAAAGAGUCAUUUUUUUAGAAUUUUAAGGUACAGAGUAUGUGUUAGUACCGAUUGCGGUCAAUUGGUUUAUUUAAAAAAGUCGUUCCUAUAAGUGAAAAAAUACAAUAUUUAGUUGCUGCUUACAGAAUUAUACAAUAUAUAGUAAUCGUGAUUGGAGCUCAUUUUAUUUUUAACGAUGUAUUAGAAAUAUAAUAAAUACAUAUAGAUUAUACUUAUAGAUUGUAUUUUUUAUUUCUUUUUUUCAAAAUUUCUGCAUGAAAUUGUUUUUAUAUAGCUUAUUGAGUUAUUUUUAAAUAAGUCACAUGUUGUUUCACUAUCUGUUCUGAUUCGCAUCUUUGUACAUUUUACUCGCAUAUGUAAAUAUUAUAGCUUAUAAAAUAAUAUAGCUUAAUAAGUAUUUUUAUCAUUUAACUUUAUCCAUAUAAGUGAUUUUGAAUGCGCAUCCAAUGACCAAAUUGAUAUUUAUUAAUAUAGGUGCAAUGUGCAAUUGACUGUGAAAUUGUUUAUAAGAAUGAAAAAAUUAUGCUUAUAGUUUUUAUAUUUUCUAGUUUUAAAAACGUUGUGUUUCAUGAAUGUAUGAUCAAACUUGUACAUACAAAUAUUGGUAUUGCACAACAUAAAUAGUUCUAAAAAAUACAUAUUAAACGUUACAGUUAAUCUAACGUUUACAUUUUUCUUUAUGAAAGAUAAAUUAUUGACAAUUUAUGUAUGUAGUAAUAAACCAAGUAUAAUUUAUAAAUAAAAGAUAUACUAUUUUCAA